AUGAGCUUAGAAGGAAAACCCCGCAGUGAUAUUAUGCAAUGGGUGGCAUGUGGAGCCACAAUUUCUGCUAUUUUGUAUGGUGUAUAUCGCUAUGCUAUAAAGGAUAAAUCAACCCCAGAAAGUAUGAAGGAAGAAGGCACUGCAGCCUUUUUAUUGAAGGAUUAUGCAAGUGCGAUGGAGAAGUAUAUGGGCGCACUUGAGCUCAUUGACAGACUGGAGAGCGAAGGAAAGAGAAAUAAAAACAGUGAAGAACGGAUUAAAAUACUGAACAACAUAUCACAGACAUACUUUAUGAUGAAGGACUAUGAGAAUGCAAAGAAGUACAUAGAGUAUACAAUAAGUGGGCAUCCUACACACUACAAUAGCUUUAAAAGACUGGCUAAGCUAGAGCAGCUAGACAAGGGAUAUGGAGAUGUUAAAGGGCUUGCCGUUAUAACUGCCUAUUUGAUCUUGGAUAAAGCAGAAAAAGACAGAAGCAAAGAGUCAUCUACUGCUGCGUCUUCUGUGCAGACCCAAGAAAAGAAGGCAGAGAAUCACACAGACAUUGCAGUCAGUGACAUAAAAAGCAAAGAAGUCGAAACAGAGAGGUCCACGUGGAAUGAAGUGUUAAGCAAGAAAAUAGAAGCACUUGCAGAGAAAAGAACCAAGAGUGCCAGUACAGUCAAGAAUGGGUAUUGUGUCUCUUUUGUAAAACUUGAGGAAGUUCUGAGUAUUUUUAAGGAAGCUUUGCAUGGUGCAUUAUUUGGAAAUAAAAGCAGCAAAGACAAAGAAUUGCUUGGGUGGAUUGACAGUAGAAAAUAUUCACUAAUAGUAGACUACUUAAACAAAACUCCUAUGCAAAAGUACAGCAGGCGUGCUGCAUUCAUUGCAGGCAACAUAAAAUAUAUUCUAGCCCAAAACACAGAAGCAAUAUCUUUGUUUGAUGCGGCAGGAACCAUAUACGGAGAUGUUUUAUCAAUAUACAUAAAGAAGCUUGAAAAUGUAAAUGUGCAAAUAGAAGAAGACAAGAUUAUAAAAAUCAUGAACUCAAAUGAUCCAAUUGUAAGAAUGUAUGUUUUGCAGCUGCACUUGGCAAGUGAGAAUAUGGGCCACUAUAUGGCUAAGCUGAUUGAGCUCCAGGCAGAAGAAUCUAUUUCUCUUCCUUUUAUAUCAAAUAUUAAGUCACAGUAUGCACUGUACGAGCACAAAGAAGCACUUAGCACCUUAAAGAAAGCACUUUCUCUCUUCCCAGAAGACAUAAAUGUGCUGUGCACGGGGGUUGAAGUGCUUUCACAGGAAAUAACCAAGGAAAAAACAGAGAAAGAGAUAGAUGAUGCAUACAUCAAACAGCACCCUAAGUGCGCAGAAGCAUAUACCAUGCUAGUUGAUGUGCUGUCGCGGCUGGAGCAGAAAGAGUUUGGCAACUCACCAAGGGGCGCAUUCUUCAGAUACAUUGGAUAUAGCUCGUUAAACCAGAAGGAAAAAGCAGAGACCCUUCUGCAGGAGGCAAUAGACCUUGACAUAUACAACAAUACACUUUUAAUCCAGCUGGGACAGCACAAAAUCAACGCAGGAGAUUUAUCUGGCUUUGAUCUCUUUGAAAAAGCAGCCACGCUUUCCUUGGAAGGAGCCAAGGACAUAUACAGAAUGCUUUACACGUAUAAAAGUGUGUACGGUGUCCAGGAAUACUAUCCACACGUGUCCAUAAUCGCAGUGAAUAAUUACUCUGCAGCCUCUUAG